CGCGGCGCUGUUGGGCGGAAAGGGGAACUAGAGCGUGUGCGACGGUGGCUUAACGGGGGCGCAACGGAAAAGUAGAUAGGCGUGAUGGGUAUGUACAUAGAAGCUGGACAUUCUAUCACUCAAUAGUAAUUGGAUAUCGCAUGACGACUUCUUCUUUCGCUGCCUCGCUGCCAUCAAAGAUCCGGGGAUUGUCUCGGUUGCUCUUGUUUCUUCUCACGUGUGCUGCUGGGAGGGGUCGUGGUGUAGCUGUUGCCGUGUGGCUCGCGCUUGUCCUUCUCUUCGUUUCAGAGUGUUUCGUCGCGGCUGUGCGGGCUUCCGGGGACCUGGUGCACGCUGACUCGCGACACGAGAAACAGACAGAAGGCUUGGUGCGGAGUGCUCGGUUCCGUGCUCCUUGCCGCAGAUCGCGGGUGUGGAGAUGGUCGUCGUCCGCUGCGGAGGUCCGAGUGCGGUGGUGUUCAGAUCAGUCGCAAAGUAGCUCUCAUCUUUCGUUCCUCAAAUCAGCGGCGCGAUUAUUCAUGUUCGUGGUUUGGGUUUUCGGGUUUUCUAUGGUGAUAGUUGGGACCUUCAGACUGUGGUGAUAGCGGAGACUUUUCGAGGUGACGAGGCUACAGGCUUCGUGGACGGAGGAAGUGGGUUGGUGGUUAGUAGGAUCUCGAGAAUCCGUACAGGCCAGGUGGUUACAAAGGUACAACCUUUGUUAAGACUUGUCAGUGGUGCAACAAUGCAUGGAGCGUAUACGCUGUGGUGGAGAGUCUCCACGGCAAUAGAGCCGUGGUCUCGCUAUUAUGAUA